UCAAGUAUUUAAAAUUUUUUGUACCAUAAAAUAGAAAAAAGUAUUACGAAAUUAAUAUCUUAGAACGUUGCCCGUGGGUUGAAAAGUAUUAAUAUGAAAAGCACUCUAUUUUAUGGUAUUUUUUCAAUCUUUCUUUUUUAUACAGCCGCAAAACCAUCCAUAAAUGGAAGAAUAGUUGGUGGUGAAAACACAACAAUAGAAGAAUAUCCAUAUCAAGUAUCGUUAGAAGUAUAUGGAAAACAUGAUUGUGGUGGUUCCAUACUUAGUUCCAAUGUUAUUUUAACAGCUGCGCAUUGUACUGCUGAUAUAAAGAAUCUUGCAUCAUUAACGGUUCGCGCUGGCUCAACCAUAAGAGAACAAGGUGGAAGUGUACGAGAAGUUGAAGCAAUAUUAAAUCAUGAAUUAUGGAAUCAAAUGACUAUAGAUUAUGAUGUUUCAUUGGUUUUGCUUAAAAACCCACUUCCGUUAUCAAAAGGAAUUCAACCAAUACAACUUCCUAACGCAAAUGAGUAUUUGAAACAACAAGAAAAAGCAGUUGUUACUGGAUGGGGAAAAACUAGCAAUACUGGAAGUACUUUACCUCUCAUAUUACAAAAAGCUGAUAUAGAAACUGUGGAACAAGAAAUAUGUAGUAAAGCUUAUUCAGGUGGAAUCACUCCACGAAUGUUGUGCGCCGGACUUUAUGGUGUUGGUGGUAAAGAUACAUGUCAAAGUGAUUCAGGUGGUCCAUUAGUUUCUCAUAAUAAAUUGCAUGGUAUUACAUCAUGGGGCGGUGAAUGUGGUGGCAAAUGGACUCCCGGUGUGUAUACGCGUGUAACUGAAAUUCGUGAUUGGAUUCGUGAAAAGGUUAAUUUAUAGGAUUAGAAUGCUAAAUUUGAUAACAUAUCUAACUAUAUAUGUAAAAAUAUAUAUCUAAUAAAGUAUUUGUAGAAUUUAUAA